ACUUCUCUGAACUUGACUUCUCCACAAAUAUUAAGGCAACCAGGACGAUGCAGCAGAUGGAGGUAGCGGAUUAUGUUAAUGAGAGACCAAGACGUGAGCAGAAACGCAGUGGGGAUGGAUAUCCAACAGGGAGAAGACUCUGUCAGCUGCUUUUCCUCGGCUUUGGAGUGCUUUGCAUUGUACAAGCCAUUCUCAAUGUUUCUCUACGCCUUACAGUGUCAUCGAGCAAGGAAUCAACUCACUCGGACUGCAACACAACUCAUUUUUGUGUCCAGAACAAUACAAAGAUGGUGCCAAGGGAUUGUGAGGGAAAGAAGCCUGACCACUGUAACAGACUGCAAGAGAGGUUCAACGCCUUGACUGCAGAGAAAAAUGAUCUUCAGAACAGAAACAAUGACCUCACCAACAGGUUGAGGAACGUGGAGGAGGAGAGGGACAGGCUGAAACAGAGGCUGGGGGUGCCGAGUGGUUGUCUGUCCUCUCAGCAGUGUCCUGCAGAUUGGAGUGAGAUUAACUCCAGAUGUUAUUUCCUCUCCACUGAGAAGAGGACUUGGGAGGACAGCAGGAAAUACUGUCAGAGUAAAGAUGCUGAUCUGGUGGUGAUCAACAGCGAACAGGAGCAGAGGGCCUUGUACCGUCUGGAUGGGGAUGCUGACCUCUUGUUCUGGAUCGGUCUUAGUGACACAAAAGGGACCAACAGGUGGACAUGGGUGGAUGGAUCUGAGCUGACCAAAUCGUUUUGGCAGUCUGGACAGCCGGAUCGCAGUCCCACCAAGGUAGAGGACUGUGUGGAGAUGUAUCACCUCAACCCUGUCCAGGCCAACUGGAAUGACGCCCCCUGUCGAGUCCAGCGGCGCUGGCUGUGUGAGACAGAGCUGUGUCCACGUGUGCGUAAUGUGUCUGUGGUUGAGCAGGAUAAAAAGAGAGAAAGAAAUCUAGAGCUAGAGAGAGAGGCUGAGAGAGAGAUGCUCCCAGAGAUGCAAUAAACUGGGCGACACCACUGCUCAGGAGCAUAUUAUUAUGUGUUUGUACAUGCACGUGCAAAUGACUUAAUGUGCUUUUGCAUGCAGCAGAGCUAAGACGUUCACAUUUGGAACCAUUCUGAAUAAAAACUGAUUGUCACAAUAAUAGAAAAAAAUCAUCAGUGACAAACUAAAAUAUGGAAAUAUAAGCAAAUUUAAUUUAGAACUGAAGGCAACAAUGAAUUUGAUGUAUUUUAAACAAACUGUUAGCCAAUUUUGCAAUACCUUUGGAGACUAUGGUAGUAUGCUUUGUGACGUACUUUGUAUUGCAUCGAGAUAUUUUGUGGCACUUUAUGUGCUAAAUCAUAUGUAUGUCGUACAUUGUUGCAAUGGUGUAGUGGUAGUCGAUGAGGUGGGUUACUAUUAGGUGGAUGGAUGGAUGGGAUCAAAAUUAAUUACCAUAGACGUAGUAUUGUGCUUCCUCAUGUGUAUAAGGCUUCAUUGUACCUGAAGUAAACUGUGUCCUGGGAGUUUUCAUUUGUGUAUGAGAAGCGUGCUUUGUAGCUGUUCUCAUUACAGGUAUCAGUUAACUAGAGGCCUCCCUUUGCCUCCCUUUUCUGUGCAUUUCAAGUUUUAAUUAUAUUAUGUGACUGAAUCUGUGAUUCUUAGUCAGACCUACAGAGGACACUCCAGGGGCUCUAGUUUCCCGGCGCGGCG